AGGAGCGGGGCGGAGCGGCGGCGCCAGGCCGCGGCCCGCGGCGGCGAGGCGGAAGAGGAGACACCGCUUGGGCGGGCCCGGCCGCCCGCCGCGCUGUGGGGAGCGGCCCGGCUGCCGGCAGCGCCCGCCGCCCCCGCCGGGCAUGGCCCCCCCCGGCCCCGCCGAGGCGGCCGCCCGCGUGCGGGAGGCGGCGGGGAGGGACCCCCUGGCCGCCGACCUGCGCUGCAGCCUCUUCGCCGCCGCGCUGCAGAGCUACAAGCGCGACUCGGCGCUGAGGCCCUUCCCGGGCCGCUACGCCAGCGGCGACAGCAAGGACUUCGAGGCGCUGCUUGCAGAUACAAAUGCUUUACCAAGCCUUAAAGAACUUCUCGAAUCUGUUCCAAACACAGAGAAAAGGACCUGGGAUUUGUUUAGCUGGAUUUUGUCAUCUAAGAUCUUGGUGAUACAAAGUACUAAGAAGCAGGAGUACGAGAAGAUCCAAGAACUCACUGGGAUGUCUGGUGCUGCUGUUCCUGCUCCGGACUUCCUGUUUGAGGUAGUGUAUUGUGAGCAAAUGGACACCAAGUUUGCCGAGACCCGGGGAGAACGGGACCUCAUCUAUGCAUUCCACGGGAGCCGCCUCGAGAACUUCCAUUCCAUCCUGCACAACGGCCUGCACUGCCAUUUGAACAAGACAUCCCUGUUCGGUGAAGGUACUUAUCUUACCAGUGAUCUGAGCCUGGCUCUCCUCUACAGCCCCCAUGGGCUUGGUUGGCAGCGGAGUGUUUUGGGCUCUAUCCUUAGCUGCGUAGCUGUUUGUGAGAUCAUUGACCACCCAGAUGUAAAGUGUCAGGUGAAAAAGAAAGACCUCUUCUCUUCCCAUGCAGAUUCAGAAGAAAUAGACAGGAAAAGAGCAAGAGUGAAAAACAGCGAAGGGGGUGAUGUACCACAGAAAUACUUCGUUGUCACAAACAAUCAGCUUUUACGAGUUAAAUACUUAUUAGUAUAUUCACAGAAACAGCAUAGGAGGCCCUCUAGCCAAUCUUCCUGGUUUUCCACCCACCGGUUUGCUGUAAUGAUGAUGCUGUACCUACUGCUGCUAAUGGUGAUAGGGGCCAGCAAUUCACCGACCUUCCUCUACUACUGGCACAGAAUGUUUGACUCGGAAGGAUGAAUUGCCUGGGCUGAUGAACUGUUAUUUCACCAUGUGCCUUAAUAAUAGCAAAUCCACUAUGUACUGCAUCUGUUUAAGAGCUCUGGAAAUGAAGGUGCCUGGAGCUUUCCAAUUCUGUCUCUGCUAAAUUAUCCUCAUGGCAUCUGUCCAUUUAUUCUUAUUUCUGUGUUCCCAUGAUUUAUGAGGAUGUCCAGUACAGCUGAAAAGGGUUGUGAUGGUGCAGUCUAGCGUGAACCAAUUGUUAAGGGUCCAUGGAAAAAAGUUAUUUAAAAUUAAUGAAAACUUAGUGUGACUAUUUUCUGUCAAACUGAGGUAGCGAUAUUUGCAUGCAGUUGGAAAGGAAGAUUUUUCUGUACGUCAGAGAAGGUUACCUGUAGCAGGUCUUACCAGUUUGUUUUCAGAAACUGUGUUUAGUGAUGUUUCUCAUGUACUGAUGCAGAUGGUCACUUUUAAGACUAACUUUGUUUUUGGCCAGGAAUUUUUAUAUUUGAAAAUAAAGAGAAAACAGCAUGAAAUAGCAACCAAAAUGGGAGAGAUUAAAUGGUUUUCAGUAAA